AAAAAUGAUAGUAACUAUUCAUAUAUUUCAUAUAUAGGAGAUGCCAUGUCAUUUAUAUUGAGAUGUUAUCUCAUUGUAGGAAUUUACAGGAUCUUAGUUUUCAUCACAGUGAAUACAUAUUAUAUCAAAAGGGUAACACAGUGUAAGUAUGUUUGGAAAGUCAAUUUGGGUUGUAAAUAUAAUAACUAAAACACAACAACAUACGUGCAAGUUCAAAUAGUCGUAACUCUGAGCUCCAAUCAAUUCACAGUAUUUUCUUCAUGCUCUUAAUGUGAGUUUUAGUACGGUUUGUACUGUUUACAAAAGUAAUAAUGAAAGUACUUUAUUAUGUACUUAACAAGGACUAGUCCAACCAGCACAAUAUUUUGUCCCUCCCCCAAAGAGAGAGGCCCCGCCUACUCAGUCGCUUCCGAUACUGUUUGUAUAUUAAAAAGUACAUUUGAGGCUCCAGUCGCACUUUCUAUAUCGUAUUUGCAUCGGAAGACAGAGCUGCGUCAUUUGAAAGAAACAUGCAAUCAAUCAUCCUGUCAUCUCGGCUGCAGGAAAAGGAUCUGUUGUACCCAAGUGUUGCCCGAGAGAGGAGCAGGCACAAGAAGAAGAGGCUGGUGCAGAGUCCCAACUCCUACUUCAUGGAUGUUAAAUGCACGGGCUGUUACACGAUCACCACCAUCUUCAGCCACGCGCAGACGGUGGUACCGUGUGCAGGCUGCUCUCUGAUCCUCUGUCAACCAGCAGGGGGGAAAUGCAGACUCACUGAAGGCUGUGCCUUCAGAAAGAAAAAAUCCUGAACAGGAAAUGGUGCUAAACACCCAUGACAGAGCAGCUGGAAGAAUGGACUAUAGGCAUAAAUCCUCAAUCCUUUGUGGACAAAUACAUCUGUAUCUUGAGAAUAUGGAGUGAUAUGUCAUCCCUCUCCCACUGUUUUAUUUCAUGCAGUAGAGUGGAAGAGGACCCAUGGUCCAGAGAAACUUAAAUCAUAGACGAGACAUGUGAUCAGAAUGAUACCAAUGAUUCAAUGAAGCACUUUUAUGUGGAGUAGUUUGACUAUUUCUAUCAAUGAUUAAAGCAUAUUUGGAAUUCCUCAAUAUGCACACAGAGUCCAAUGAGUCAUGGUUUCUGUAAAACAUUUAUUAAGUUGGCAUGGGGAAGGGUUGGUGAAAGAAAUGUUUUUAAAAAAAUGGCCCCAAUCAUGUGUGAAGCGCUUUUCGUGGCUCUCAUGAGAUGAAGCCACGAUGCCCAUCACAAACAAAAAUAAAAUAUUUUAAGAAUGA